GGCAUCACUUUCUCCCCGCCAUUUCUUCCUUCCAAUAAAAAAAAGUACAUUUCCAUUUUCAAUGACUAAACAAAAUUUUCUGAUUUCCGCAAAAUUCUAUCUUGGGAAACGAUCCUAGGAAAUUGUUCACGUGCAAGCGACAAUCUUAUGAAAUUCAGAAGAUUUGUUGAAGAUUAGAAAUGAUUAAGAAGGAAGGUCGCCGCUCAAUGCAGAUUCUUGUUUGUUUGGAUACUCGUCCAGAGCUUUCCGCGGCGGAUUGUUGGCCAAGGCGACGAUGAUGACGACCACCGUCCGUCUGGAUCAGUUCAUGAUCUUAAAAACAAUCCGGCCGGAGUUCAGACGAUCACAGGAUAGGAACUUAGUGACUUUACUCUGUGAAGCAUUUCAUGGAGCAGUGACGGUGCAGUGCAUUCUUUUCAUUUGCAGGGAUGCUGAUUGGAAUGAGGCAUUUAAUUUCUCAAAAGAUACAAAGUUUCUUGUCCAAAUGUGCCAGAAAAACCCAAGCCGGGGUGGGCAUGUUAGUGUUGGUAAAGACCAGAAGGUUGAUCUCAAAAACUUCAAGGACAUUCCUGAUAGAACCGAGGCAGGUGCAGCUUGUUGUGAGGGCUUCUUUAGCCGUCGUGGUAUUACUUGCAUGAUUCGUAAGUGUGUUUGGAGACUCGAGAAUUGAUUAAGUUAUAACUAAACUACUAAUGAUUAUGUAAUGAAGGGCUUAUGCAGUGUAUAACAGUGUGAAGUUAAGUUUUACUACUGAAUUGUGCAAUUAGAUAGCAACCCAUUAUUUUUGAUAUUUAUAAACUUGAUAUGCAUUGAGGAAGAAAGACUGUGUCUAGUUGCAAGUUGUACACCUAUAUUCUUUCCAUUCCCUUCUUGGAUGGCUAACAAAUAAAUAGUUUCGUUAUUACAAAGGCAUAGGGAUGUGAUCCUGCAAAGGAAAUGGCAUUGAAUGUCUUAUCGUUGUUUACAACAUCUGGGAUGCUGUUUCUUGAAGUUUGGUGGCCUUUUUGCUCCAAGGAAAUUAUGCCAGUGGCUUGGAAGCUUUGACACGGACAUUUGUUGUCUCAGCUCCCAUUGUUGGUCUGGAUUUGUUUUUGAAGGUAUUUUCUAUACUUUAUUAACCACAGAAUUACUGGUGUCUGAUGGUAGUGCAGUCUCCUUUGUAAAUUGUACCAUUAAUUGCAAUACUCUGCAUUCUUUGAGCUUGAUUUUAGCUGUGACCUAAUUUCAUCGCCUAGCAAUCUAGAGAUAUGGGUAUUUUGGGCCUAUAUUCAUCAGACACUGUUUCUCGUAUGGAAAGGCAUACAAUUGCAAGUACUUAUAUCUGUAUCUUGUUUCUUGUUGAUUGUUAAGCCUCUCUAUCUUCUCUGUUUUGUGAUCUUUUCACCUCUCGAUUCUUUUUUGAUAUGUACAUUGAUGUAGUUUGGAAUUAUGAAAUUAAUUUUAAUUGGACAU